GACACAGCUAAUUAACAUAAUUAAUACCGAAAAGCGAAUCUAUACUUCAGUAAUGUGUAUUGGUUAGUUAGUUAUUUUUAAACAGUAUUUCAAUAUGCAGUAAUGUAGGUACGGACGAUUAUAUGCAAGAAGAUCUAAAGAAGAUGAAAGAAGUUUUUAGCUGAAACAGAAUCAUGACAGAUUUUGGAAGCGAGACUUGGUUUGGGAAAACCCCUGAAGAUGUUCCACUUCUUGGACUGGAUCAGUUCAGUGAUGAGGUCUUUGCUAGCUACACAGGCCCUGAGGACGGACUGGGAUUUGUUUUUAGAGAUUCCAGCAGUAGCAUUAUACCUUCCAAUACAUACAUAGAGGCAGCAGGGGUCAAAAAUUGGAACAUCAAGGACCAGAAAGCUUAUGGGAUUUGUAUUUCUCUGUAUGAACAACACCCUGUUAAUGGCAAGAUGUCAGGUGAUCCUAUUGCUGAUGCCUUUGCAUUAUGUGCCAGGAAAAACAACUGUAUCCUGCUGAUAGCUGAUGGUGUGAACUGGGGAGAGAAGUCUCGAUUAGCUGCCAGAUGUGCCUUAUAUGGAGCCAUGAAAUACCUCAACCGUAAACUAUUCCAGGAGCGCCAACAACCACAGAAUACACAAGAGGCCCUUGUGCUGCUAAGACAGGCUUUUGAUGCAGCCCAUUCAACUAUUCUUGACAGGGAUGGUGGUCUCACCACUAUGUGUGCCUGCAUGGUUUGUCCCGUGAAAAAUUCUAAACAGUUUGCUGUCUGCUGUGUAAAUGUAGGGGACAGUUACGGUUACUUGUUUAGUCAUCGCUAUGGUAUCAGGGAACUCACCAUUGGAUCACAUGACAUUACAUCAGAGCGGGACAUUCGUGAUGCAGGUGGUGCCAUAGGUCCAGUAUGCGGUAACAAUCCAGAACUACAGAAUCUAACAUGUUCUCUAUCAUUCUGUGAGGCAGGUGAUAUUGUGUUCUUAACAACUGAUGGGAUAUCAGAUAACUUUGAUCCAGUUGUGACAAAAGCUGCAUUGCCAAGAAAAAUAAAUGAUGCCAACAGCAAUGAGCUUUCCCCAAACUCCAUGGAUUCAGGGAAACCUGAAAUGGAGCCAAGUGAGAGACAUUUGUAUGCUAUGAAACAAAUGGAGAGGGUUGUGUAUGAGUUUGAACUAGUUACAGAAGAACAGUGCUCAGCUCAGGAAUUAUGUGGAGCCUUAGUUCAGCAUGUGCUCCGUCUCACAGACGCUAAGAGAAAAAUACUAGAGAACCCCCAGCUCUAUGUAAGACGAAGGCUUACCCAAAAGGAGAAGGAAAAACGAGAUUCAGACAUUGUAAAUCAAAUGGGCAAAGCCCCAGGGAAAUUAGAUCAUGCUUCCAUUGUGGCCUUUGAGGUCGGCAUUAUGAAGAGAAAUGAAGAAGAAAUGGAAAGUAUUCCACUGAUUGAAACUGUGCAAGGAUUAGAAUCAGUUUCUGAAUCUGAAGAAUGUCCAUCAAGUUCAGGACCAUUGUCUCCCACCCACAAAAAAUCACGUCCAAGGAAACUAUUUGCAAGAAUUAAAAAUCUGAGUGUAAACACUAAUGGCCAUAGUUCUUCUAGUCCAGUCACUAGUCCUAAAAGUGCUCCAGUUUCACCAAGGAAGUUCUCAUUCAAAAGGUCAAGGUCAAAAACAACCGAGACAACCUCUCCAAUAAGCCCUGAACCCACCUCCCCCUCAGAUAUCCCUUCCCCAUCCCUAGUCAGUCCUUCCAGUGUAUUUCCUGUGCCAGCCCCACGCAGAAAACACCGUCAGGCUUCUCGUGAGUCAUCAGUGUAAUUUUGUUCUAUAUGAACUACGUAGUAUAUGCUGCUCAAAAGGUCAUUAUAUUGGCAAGGGCGUAUUUAUUAAUAUUUUAUUUAUGGUAUUAUAGGCAUUACUAAUGACUGCAGGGUAAACACUAAUCAAAUUAGUAUCAAUGAUGUAAUAUGUUUUUAGAGAUAAGUUGUCACAAUUUCUGAACAUUUUAACCAUUCAUUCAAUGAAAAAAUUAGAAAGGACAGAGGUACAUUUUUUUUAACAAGGGUUAGUUUUAGAUUUAUGAGAAUUUUUUAUGGAGGAAAAAAAAUCUUAUGUAUCAAAUUACCAAAAAAGUAAUGUGUACAGUGAAACACUUAAACCAGAGGCUCAGUGGAUGGUUUAUGAGUAUAACAGUAUUAAGAUGGUAAAAUAUGGAUAUAGCAAGGCAAAGAGCAGAGCUGUAUAGAUAUUGACUGUAGCCAGGCUGUUAUGAAAGUUUUAUUUGUGUACUAGUAAUUCUCUCCCUGAACAUGAAAUGUAUCUUGUAUAUCAUUUUAAAAACAAGUUGAAAAUCUUACUUUUAAUAGCAAUUAAUGUUUUCAGUCCAUUUUCGUAACUAUGUACAAUUUAAUAAAAUUUUCAUAUAAGA